AUGUGGCUAGGGCUGGUUACAGUGGCAGCAGUUUCGGCCACUGUAAGAGCGGCCGAAAUCGAACCGACCAGCUUCGGACCCAUUAAUAUCCCGCUGGCGCCGUAUAAUGUAAAAGUAAGGCUAAAUUUGUGAAAAUUUAAUUUUUGAAUUGUCUUUUUAAUCCAAUUACUUAUUCUUAGCUGUAUUGUCGAAACGGCAAGAUCGAAAACUACACGGACAUCCCCAAACUAAGGCCGUCUAAAUGUCCUACAGCAUCAACUUCUUGUGGGUAUUUCGAGUUACGUCAACAAGGAGGGUUGAGGCCGACCGGGAUAUUCGAUUGCGUUGAUUCUAGUGUGUUUGUCAGUGAACAAGAUGAGGAAAUCGGGGGUGGGGUAAGUCAUUGUAUUUGCAAUCAAAAAUUUUGACAAAUUUGUCACAAAUUCAGUUCAUAUAUUUUUCUGUCUUUUUUAUUUUCCUCUGAUUGACCCUCUUCAUUUUCCAUAGUCCCUUUCCGAAAAUAUUUCUUUAAACGUCCGUCUCGCUUCGAAGCACGAGCAAGCUUAUUAAAUAUAUGGCCUAGGGAGGGCAGAAUCAAAAAAAAUAUUUAAAAAAGUCACAAUCACACUACCUCCAUUAAUUUCUAAAUAACGAAUUUCGUGAGUUUUGGAUAUCCAAAACUUAAAUUGAUGACAAUUCCCUUAUUUUUUCUGAAGCAUUACCUGCAAAUUUUAUAGCAUUUCGUUGCAGAUGAACUUUAAUCGUCUCUGUUCUCACAAACCAAUGUGUCACCUCAUCCCGACCAUUCAUUUCAACAAGCAGUUCCUCCGAUAUAUGAUGGAUAACCAUCAUCUGCAGCACAUUCCUUCGGCCAUCAAGUUCUGCUGUUAUUUGAAUCACGUGCUGCUCACAAAACUGAUCGUCUCGGGCCAAAGGACCUUGCGUAAGCGGCAGACUGAGAUGACAGAUAGGAUCAAUCAGUUCGAACAAACAAUAACAAUCAUAUUUCAGCUUCCGUAAACACAACUCCCGUUUAUUGCGAGAAGAAAAAGUGUGAGGAGGGAGCGAUUGGAUGUCUGAAACAUACGAAAACCGUGAGGAUCGAUCAGCACAACCAUAUUUAUGACUACUUUGAUGUAAAACCGGUAGAAAUUGUUUGGGAAGAGGAGUCAAGCGAUGAUGAUAAUUACGAAACAUUACCUCUAAUCACUUCAGAAUUGCCGAAAGAAACCAAUUAUUGUGUGUAUCCCCAUUUGAACAACGAAUUGUAUCGGUAAGAUCAACUAUUUUUUUUGACACUCCUAGUUCAACACACAAAUUUUGAGUCAAUAUACAACAUUUCGGCGAGAGACUAUGGAAACUUGGGAAAAAGUCAGAGAAAAAACGGUUUUCGGUCAGAACUUCGCAAAUGCGGAAAUGCUGGCUCAAACAUUCUUUACCGCAAAUUUUUUUAGGUAUUGCUUGAUGAUUUACAACGAGAAAUUGGAUGACAAUUGUUACAUUCAUAACGGACAUGCCGUCUGCUGUUGUUUUGUCGGGCCGGGUAAUUUAUUUUUGAUUGAUCUCUCAAAACAUUAUAAACUCCACAACUGAUUCCUAUAAACCAAUAUUUCUUAGACGACACAACCUGCAAACUCAAAGAUAUCAGUCUCCCAGAGCCUUCAUCCACAUCAGCACCCGCUACGACCAUAAUCAUCCCGACAACACCACUAAAAACGUCUACAACAACGACAUCAACUACAACAUCUUCAAUGCCGACCAUAACAGAUCUCCCAACAACUCUUCGACCCAUGAUACGAAACUCAACCAGACGGAGGCCACAAUUGUCACCAAGUUAUCGGAAACCAAGAUGUCGCAAGAAAUAUAUCCAUGAAAGCAGAUUCAAGUCCAAAAGUGAUCGUUCCCAGGUCAAAGUGGUCUGGAAAUGCAAUCAGGACCCCGCUGCCGACAAAUCUACUAGCAAUGCCAAUGGUAUUUCACUAACGGGAGUGUGCUUUUUCACUUUUUAUAUUAUAUUUAUCCAUUACAAGGUGUGA